AUGGAGGAGUUAAACCCGCCAAAGUUCCUCGACCUUUUGGAGGAAUUUGAAGCCGAUGAUAUCGUCACGAAGAUCUCAGAAGUCAAGACGUUAAUGCAAGACAUAGAAAGCAAAACAAACAAACGAAGACCGGUGCAGAAGGAGAAAAAGGCGCUCCAAACAAAAAUUCAAGAACUCUCAGAGCAAUUUUUUGAUGUUGGAGUCCGGCCCACGAUCGCAAAUUCAAAGUCUUCCAAUGAUCGCACAUUGAACGUCUCAGCAGAAAGCGAAACCCUUUUACGCAAGAUUUUAAUAUUGGUAACAAGUGAGAUGAAUACAACAGCGAUGAAAGAUAAGCUUUUGGACUAUACGACCGAAUUUGCAAAUCUGGCUUGGAAGGGCAUCACGGCCGGUAACAACAGCGUCGAUUGUGAUGAAGUCAUGUGGCAGCCAGAUCCAUCCAAAGUUCAUUACCAAGACGACCCGAUGGAGCUGAAGACAUUCAACGCAUCUUUUGAUGUCCCAGAACUUGGUUCACUAGCAAAGCAUCCACAAAAUCGACCCAAUGAAGGCGACGACCCUUGCGGGAGUACAGUGGAAUAUGAGUGGCCCGGUCAGGUAUCUUUUCAAAACGAGAAAGAUAUAAAGAAGCAAUAUGGAUUCGAAGGUAUCGAAAACGAUGUGAACAUGAGAGAUGAGGAAGAAGAAGCACCGCCAGCCAUGUUAUCACCGUGGUAUAAUCCGAGUGUCUCCAGCUCGAAGAGUGGGCAAUCUCCACCCUCUUCUGAUGGUGAAGAUGGGGAGGAUACGGAAUCCAGGGUUGAGCCAGGAGUUGGAAGGAGUGAAGAAGAUUCGAGUGAAGAUGGUGAGAGGAGCACUGAUGAGGGUGAGGUACUAGGAGGUGAAUUGGGGUUCGGACCAGCAGAUGAAUUAGAAGCAAAAGAACGAUCUGGUGGAGAAGAAGAUGAUAACGACGAUGACAAUGACCAGUGGUAUGAGGCAAAGGAGAAAUUUGAGAAAGAAGAAGGCAUGGACAACGACGUCGUCGAUGGGCGGGAUGGUUCAGGCUUUGUAGGCGAUGAUAGCGAUGAGGGGUUGAUGAGGGAAAUAGAGGAGCAUAGGGAGUAUACGAGAGCGUUAUUAGCUUCAAGAGCCUCGAGGGAUGGAGGAAAUUCUGCUCUCAUGAGUGACGGGGAGUCGCUACACGGAGAUGGCGAUGGUUAUCCUCGUGGGAUGGAGAUGGAUGAUGGCUGGGACCCAGAACCAUUGCGAUCUGCACGGAGGGAAGCUUAA